GAGUGUUCGAAUUUGACUUAAGGAACCCUAGCCAUAGAAUCUGCAGAAUCAAAGUUCAAACUUCUUUCUCUUUCGCAAAUCGGUCUCCGCUUUCCACCACAUUCCAUAGCAUAGAUGCUGUUUCUACUUCUCAUUUCGUAGACCGCACCAGAGAGAGAGAGAGAGAUUUCUUCUUUGGUCACUCUCAGUCAUGGCUCGCCGUCAUGGUUGGGAGCUUCCUUUUCACACUUUCCAGGUGGUGGCUAUAACGGUUUUUUUCCUGUUAUCCAUCGCAUUCUAUGCCUUCUUUGCCCCUUUUCUCGGAAAGGAUAUUUAUGAAUACGUGGCCUUUGGUGUUUAUUCCGCACUGGCUCUCUCUGUAUUCCUUCUUUAUGUUCGAUGCACUGCCAUUGACCCUGCUGAUUUGGGAGUUCUGCUUGAUUCUGACAAGACAUCGAAGAACCAAUCAAAAGCCGAUGAAGAAUUGGCAGAAACUGGCAAGACAGGAUUAAAAGGUGAAGGAACGUCUGGUCAGCAUAAUUCAAGUUGGUGCUCCAAAAUUGGAUGUUUCUUCUGUAGUUUCCUUGUCAGAGAAGAUUGUCGCAGUAAUGAAGAUAAUAAUCUACAGCAACAAUCUGGAGAAGAGGAAGCUUUGUUCUGUACUUUGUGCAAUGCUGAGGUUCGGAAGUUCAGUAAGCAUUGUAGAAGCUGUGACAAAUGUGUUGAUGGAUUUGAUCACCAUUGUCGGUGGUUGAACAAUUGUGUUGGACGGAAGAACUAUGUCACCUUUGUGUGCCUUAUGGCAGUAAGCCUAGUUUGGCUUAUAGUUGAAUGUGGAGUUGGGAUUGCUGUGCUUGUCCGAUGCUUUGUUGAUAAGCGGGACACAGAAAAUCAAAUAGCAGAAAAACUUGGAGCUGGAUUCUCUCGAGUCCCAUUUGCUAUUAUAGUGGCCAUCUGCACAGCAGUUUCUUUCCUGGCAACCUUACCUUUGGGAGAAUUGUUCUUUUUUCAUAUGAUCCUCAUACGAAAGGGUAUUACAACAUAUGAGUAUGUUGUUGCCAUGAGAACUCUAAGUGAGCCUCCGGGUCCUUCAGUAGAUGCUGGUGAACAGCAUAGUCUACCAUCAUCUCCUACCAGUUCAGCUGUCACGGCAGUAAGUGGAAGAAGUUCUGUUGGAAUGAGUUUGCAAUACAAGGGUGCUUGGUGUACACCUCCGAGAAUAUUCAUGGAUCACCCGGAUGAAAUCAUACCACAUUUGGAGCCAGGAAGGCUGCCGUCCACAGUUGAUCCGGAUGCAAUACAGCCACCUGACAAGGGGAAAAAACCAAAUCAUCGUGCUGUGCGAAUAAGUGCAUGGAAACUUGCAAAACUGGAUUCUAAUGAGGCAGCUAAGGCAGCUGCGAAAGCUCGAGCAUCAUCAUCAGUGCUUCGCCCAAUUAAUGCUCGGUCUAAUCCAUAUGAUGCAGAUAAUUUAUCCAGCAGCAAUGUGAGUGGAAGAAGCAGCCCAAUUAGCAAUCAAGGAUUUCAUAAUAAAUAUGAUGCAGCUGGCACAUCAAGGUUAUCACCUUACAAGGGCUCAUAUCCUCCAAGUCAAGCAAGCAAAGAAGAUUUAGAUUCAUGUCAGCACAGUAUGAGUAACUUUAGCAGUCCUCAAGUUUCCAACUUAACCCCUUCACCAAUGCAGAUUCCAACUUUGAGCAGAGACCAUUUCAACCCAAUGUAUCAGCAACCAUCAGGGAAUCAGUCUCCUUUAUCAGCCAGAGAAAGCGAAGGGAAUGUAAAUCCAGUUCGUGAUAACAAUGGACGCCUACCAAUGAGAGGUAACAACAUAGCUGUUUCCGAGAACAGAAGAUCAUCAGUAUUUUGGGACCAAGAAGCUGGGCGCUUCGUCUCGUCCUCAUCUGGUGGUCAUGGCAGUUCUCAAGUUUCCGGAACAGAGUUAUUGUACAGUGGUCGUUCUAUAUUUUUUGGCAGUCCUGUUGUGAAUGAACAGGCAACUACGGGAGCAAGAAGUAGCAGCUCAGCAGCUGGUAUUCAAGAUAGAGAUGCUGCAUUGAGGGAAUUUCAGCAAGGUCGAUCACAUAGAGGUGGCCAGCUUCCUGUGUUUGUUCCCGGUUAUUCGCAAUCGCAAUCACAAUCACAAUCGCAGCAAAACAAGUUCUCAUAGACUACGUUCUAUUUGUGACGGCAAUUUUUUCCUUAUCUUUAGUGUCUUUAAUUUCGAAUAGAAUUCCCAAGCCAAAACAUAUAUUAUCUUGCACGUUAAAGAUCCUUGUUGCGACUGUUGUGGUUUGAUGCAUUUGCCAUUCCAUCUGUACAGGCUAAUGGAAAAUGGAUCAUAACCUUUCACUGUACUAACAUAUUGACCACUGGGCACUGUCAUCGCAUUUGAAAUUUUAAUUUGAACAUUGAUAUUUGAUUCUGCC